CCAUGGAUCUCCUACGAAAACUCACUAUAAUUUAACUUCUGAACUAGCCAAAAAUCUUUCUGCUUUAAUCUUGUGAUUGUUACCAUAAUAAUUGUCAAAGCCUACUGGCGGUGUUUGAAAAGUGGUUUUACAGAUGUUUGAGGAUAAGUAGUUGUAAGUUAAUUGAGAAAUGUCAUAAGUGUCUGUAGUGGUUUUUCUGUAGAUACUUAAGACUGCCCAUUCUUUCCGAAUUCUUUCCAUAGGGAAUCAUGGAGCUUAAUGGGGUUCAAAACCAACCCACUGAUGAUGAGCAGUUGCCUAAUGGGUCACUCAGCACGGGAUCUGGAAGCGCAACUCAAGAUCCAGAUCUUACCAGACCAAGUAGCACUGAUGGCUCCCAACAUAAUCACGCCCCUUCAAAUCAAAGUUCUAACGCCUCACUGUCAAUAGAAGAACGACUUAAGCGCGUUAGAGCUGCCGAACAACUGAAACAGCAGCAGCGCUACGCUGCUUACAUAGAAGCCCAACAGCAAGCCGAAAUGGCGCGUAUGCGUCAGCAAGAAGAAAGAAAGCGCAGAAUCGAAGAAAUGCGGCAAAAGGAACAAACACGCCAACUUAGUGCACAGGAACGACGUACAGCCUUGGAAUUAUCUAAUCAAGCACGGAUUGAGCGACUUCGAGAACGGUCGACUAAUCGUUCAGCAAACAGUACGUUUCGCCGCCAGCUUGCAGAACAUGAUCACUCUGGACGUACUUCAAGUGCUUCUCCUUCAUUGGGAAACUCACGAAAUCCGAGCGCUCUUAUGACAGCCUCGUGUGUGGUCGCCUUCGGAAGCAGCGCUCCGCGCUCUAUAUGUACGCAACCAAGUGCAGCAGCUUUACGUUUGAAACAGGCUUUUGAAGCACGAUUAGCUAGCUAUCUUACUGGUCGACAUAGUGGGUGUUUUUUUACAGCAGCUGCAACACCUUAUUAUUCGUGCUUUAUAGACCCACCACAUGGACCUCGGCAUCCAAUCUCUUUAUGUAAAUCGAGGCCCAGUAAUCGAUACGUAACGCGGUCUAGACGAGCUGCUUCAGCUCAUGCCUCUGUUUUGCAUCAGACUAAGUCGUCAUUCACUCAGGUUUCUCAUGCUCAUCGUCAACAAAAUUCUCUUACUAACUGCGGCACCGUUUUCAAAUGUGAUCAACUUGUCAGCACUAAAGACUUGAAAGCCUCAAACACUAUCACAGUUCCUGAUGGGCACAAUGUCGAAAGUAAUCAAACCAGUGAAGUAAUUUCAACUCGAUCUAAUUCCUCCAACGAAUGUGAUAAAAUCGGUCGUCUUAAUCAUCAUCCCAAAAUAACAAAGCGUCUCACUGCACCUGCGAAUAGUUCAAAAACGAUAGAAGAUACAGCUAAGUUGGGAAAUAUGGUACCACCUACAGAUUCCACUAGCUCUACACGCUCCAACUCUAUUGAAAGACGACUCAAACAGUCAAAUAUUUCUGUAUUCGAACGUUUAGCAAUGUCUCGUUCUGUCACUACUGGAAACGUUACGAUAAAUAAGGCAAGAUCUGCCCCAACGUCUGCUAGUACUGUACAUGCAGCAAAAAGACCUGAAAAUACUCGAGAAUCUAAACGUAAUGGUAACUCUGUCAUGCCACCUGCGAUGUCUAAAUCCGUUUCUGGUGAUGCACCUCAUCAGCACCAUCAAAAGAAACCUCUGCUUCCUUCAAAACCCCUUUCACCGCCCUCCUACCCUGCUAGGAUUCAGGAUCCAGAAACAGCCAUUUCCAGUCUUCCCCCUUUACCUCAGUCUUCAUCUACAUCUGAGUCAGAAAGUAUUACUCAGGUAGUCGAAGAUGUCUCUACUGUAUCAGUGCCUUGCAACAACUCUACAUCAUCUCAAGGCAAUACCAUAAAGAACGAAACUCCGGUCGUUGUUCCCCAAAUAGGUCCAAUUAAAGCUGAAACACAUGGGUCAGGUGAAGGUGCCGUUUUAUCUGAAAACGAAGCAGCACUUUAUCGUGCAAAACUGUUUGAACAACGUCGCUUAGCGAAAGAGCGAAUGGAAGAAGAACAAAGACGAUUGGAAGAAGAGAAUCGUAAUAGACGAAUCCAACAAGAACAAGCUCGUUUAGCUGCCGAAGCUGAAGAAGCUCGUUUAAAAGAGGAGCAAGCUGUUCGUGAGGCUGAAGAAGCUGAACGUGCAAAAGAAGCGGAAGAAGCAGCUAGACUUCAAGCAGAAGAAGCGGAGCGUCUUGAAAAAUUACGACGCAGUGAAGAAGAAAGAGUUUUACGCAAGAAAAAGUUGGACAGUAUUAUGUCUCGUGUCAAAAAACCAGUCAGUACAGCGAAGUUAUCAUCUGAACCAACUAGUGAGUCCGGAUCUACAACAAAUCUUCAGUCCACUGAUACCAAUCAGUUGUCUUCAGUACCCGAUACUACUUGUGUUUCACCUGAUAAAUUUGUUAAUCAAGAACCAGCCACAGAUGCUCAAGUACUUGAGACGGAGAUCAAUGUAUCAGAUACUCAUCAAGUUACUGAUGGUACAGUUAUUUUCACUGUUGAUGAUGCAGGAGAGAAUGAUUAUUCGUCUUCACUUGAAGAAUCUGUUAAUCAGUCUUCACUUUCCCAAACAAUUAUCGAAGGCGAUUUAAAAGAUCAUGUAAAUAACACUCUUGAAGACCACGUUUCCAGUACUACAACUGUCAAUGGAGAAGAGGUGAACACUGCUAACAACCCACCCUUAAGCCAUGCUAAUGAAGCAGCAUCUCUUCAACAUGAAACACAAGCGAUGGACAACUUACGUUCGACAAUGAUUAAGAAUAAUUCAAGUGCCAGUCAUAGCACACCAUUAUUCAAAUCUGCAUUAUUACAAUCUAUGCUAGGCGCUGGUCGUUUGUCUACACAUGCUAAAGAUGCUGUGGCUGGUUUGAGACGUAAUUCUUCUCAAAUACAAAAUGAUCAGAAUACAAACGAUGAUUGGCCUAAAAACAAUGAUCAAAUCGAUUCUACUAUGUCUAGCUUCUAUUCAGUUAAUAGUACACUUAUUCAAGAUGCUGGUGAUUCUGUAAAUAUAAAUAAUAGUCCUUCAGUUAUGCAUUCUGUGCGGAAUACAUCUAUGCAUUAUCAACAUGAUCUACCUCAUUUUAAUGGAUCAAAUGGUAUGCAGAAAUCUGGUUCUCCUGUUUAUUUAUGGUCGGAUGGGUCUGGUCAUAAUGCUUCAAAACCCGAUUCAUUGUCUUCUGUUCCUCUUGAUACAUCAACUCAUUAAAUAUUAUUGCAGUUACCAAAAACUUGACACGUACGUAUUUAUAUUCAUGAACAACUAUAUAAAUUUGAAGAAACAUUCAAAUCCAAAUGCUUCCAUGCUUUUACUUAGCUGAAUUGAAUCAGCGCACUGUGUAUUAUUCUGUGCUAUACAAGUGAUUUAAACAACCAAAUAAACUAUGUUUGUUAUUAAUUGAGUCCAUCGAAUUGUUUCCUCUCUGCGCUCUCUUUCUUUCUCUCUCUCUCUCUCGAUAUAUAUAUUUGAAAGAAAUCGGUGAGAAAAACCCAUUUGCACAGUAUAUGUGUCCCAUUCUUCGAAUUAACUUAUUAAUUAAGAAUUGAAAAUUAUACACACACUUCAAUGUGUAUUGAUUUAAUUCAUUUGUGAUUAUUUAGUUAUGAUAAUACUACUACUACUAAUAAUAAUAAUACUAAUAAUAAUAAAAAUCAUAAAAUACCUAUUCAUUCUUUUUCAUCUUUAUUCUACUUGUUAGUUCUAGUUGUAAAUUGUAUAAUUUUAUGACUGAUUGUUUGAUUGAUUGAUAAUGUCUAAUCAACAUUCGAUUUUGUUUCAUCUUAAUGUACCACACUACUUACUGUAUGUUAAUUUCGACUUUAUGCUUUGCAUUACACUAUCGUAGUCAACGUCAUCAAAUACUCGGUGGCAUUGUCUUUCUGUAUGGUAAAUUUCCAAUUGAGUUCAUUUAACACUUAAUGUAUCAUAAAUAAACAAGUAAAUAUUACACACUAGUCAGUUUAGUUUUGUGAUUAAUUCUAUGAUUUGUUUUCUAUCAUUGACUCAUAAAGCUAGAAUCUUCUAGUUGUUGUGUGUGUUUAUUUGCUGGUAUACUGAAUGUUCUUAUAUUUCUUCAGUGGCAUCUCGUGUUGUAUCACCGCCUCUCUCAGUAAUGAAAUGAACUUUAUUACCGUCUUGCUCAUCUAUUCUCUCUUUUCCGGUAGACGUGGUUGAGUGAAAACACUUCUUCAUUAAUGGGCUAAGAUUUCUUGUUUUCAUGUCAAAUCCACCAUCCCAGUAUUAUAAACCUUGCUUGGUUUCCUGUUAGCUUGCAAUAAAUUUUGUUCACGGACGACUGAGUAUUCAACGAAUACAAUGAUACAGCGAACAGGAACUCCAACAGAUCGGAUGUUAAUCACACAAAAACACUUGUUCGCUAAUCAUCCACACACCAAUACAGAAAGAGAAGGGAUGGAUGGGAUAACUCUAUAUAUGCCCUGCAGAUGUUAAAAAUUGUUUAGAAACAUUUAUAU